AAAUUCGCUUUACGGUCAAUAAUUUUCAAUACAAAAAAACUGAAAAGAUUGUUGAAGUGGAAAUUGAUCCAAUAGACUGGGAAUUAGCGAAUUCUGACACAAAAAAAUCCCCGCUGAAAAAAAUCAUUUUCAAAGGCGAGGAGGCAAAACUAGAAAUUAUUAACCUAAUUUUGGAUUACAAUUUUAAAAAAAGCAAUAAAGAAUUCACUGUCAAGGCGGAUUAUUUUGCUUCUAUCAAAACUUAUGAAGAAUUAGAAUUAAAUUUUGAUAAUUCUGAUAAUAUCAUUUUGAAAGGAAAAGAGGAACCGCAGACUUCCGACCCCUUGCUAACUGAAAAAAAUGCUGCCAUUUCGGACAUUGACAGCACUCUUGCCCAAGACCCCAAGAUUCAACACGCGAACGAUUUGCCUACUAUUACGGCGAUUAAAGACCGAAUAUUAGCCGACAUUAAAAAUAAACGGCAGGCUAAACAAGGAGGAAGCGGCCCCGGUCCUGGUGGUCCCAGCUCUCCUGGCACUCCGGGCGGACCAGGUAAUAGUCCUGACAAUGGAAAUGGUCCAACCACACCCACACCUGACAAAGACAAAAAUGAUGCUCCUCCACCCUCCGAGGAUGAGGUUGAAAAUAGAUUUAAUAAUGACCCAGCCAAGCAACAAAUAGAGAAUAAUCCGCAACUUACAGAGGACGAAAAACAAGCGGCUUUAAAAUUACUCAAAACCCUAAUCUCUGCGGAGAUUUUAAUCGAAAAAGAACAAUUUAAUCAGUCAUUUUUCGAUGAAUUGGCAGGAGAAAAGGACCAGCAAACCACUGCCUAUAAAAUACUUAAUGAAAACGAGCGAUCCUUUACUUCCCCAAACUUGUCCGAGGAAGAAGUAAUUCAGGCCAUUAGCGAGGGGAUAUUGUUUGGGACUUACCAGCCAAUAAAUUUCAAGGAAAAGAUAGAGCCAAAAAAAAGCGGUGAUUACUAUUUGAUAACGAAAAAUAAAAAAGCCGCUGAAAUAUUGACUAAAACACAAAUAAAAUUAGCGGCUGUCAAUUUUGCCCGCGAUUUACAAGAUGCUCCACCGAACAAAUUAUAUGCUAAGGAAUUUGCCAACCAGAUUAAGGAAAAAUUAAGCAAACUUAAAAAUAUUGAAGUAGAGAUACUAGAAAAAAAACAAAUCAUUAAAAAUAAAAUGGGUUUAUUAUUGGCCGUUAAUGCUGGCAGUCAUCACGAGCCACGGGUAGUAAUUUUACGCUAUUUUGGCGAUAAAAAAAACAAAAAUGUUCUAGGAUUGGUGGGAAAAGGAAUAACUUUUGAUAGUGGUGGCUAUAAUUUAAAACUUUCACAAUAUUUGCAAUGUAUGAAAUUUGACAUGUCAGGAGCCGCCGUUGUAUGUGCUUCUUUUCUGGCUUUCGCUCAAAAUAAGCCGAAAAUAAAUGUGAUAGCGGUGGCUUGCUUGACCGAAAAUGCGAUUGGAGGCCACGCCACUCUCACCGAGUCGGUUAUAACCUCAAUGAGCGGAAAAACGGUGGAAAUUAAUAAUACGGACGCCGAGGGGCGUUUGGUUCUGGCUGACGGAAUUACUUAUGCCAUUCAAAAAGAAAAGGCCAAUAAAAUUAUCACAGUCGCCACCCUUACUGGGGCCGUAGUGGCAGCAUUAGGGGAAAAUUUGACCGGUGUCUUGACUAAUAACCGAAAAUUUUAUCGUGAACUGAGACAAGCAUUUGCCAAAUCACAUGAAAGAUACUGA